AAACACAACGCCACCUAUCAGCCACUUUUUCUAUACGUUCCCUACCAGGCCGUACAUGUGUUCCAAAAGGCCUCCGCGUCGGCGCCCCAACACCUGAUCGACAUGUUUGACAUGUAUGACAAUAUGUCGGACGCCCGGAGAACUAUGGCCGCAAUGAUCUACUCGCUCGACGAGUCUAUCGGACGUAUAGUUGAUAGGUUGCACUCGAAGGGUGGCAGCUCAAAUUGGCCACUAAAAGGUGAUAAGACGGAAUUAUUUGAGGGAUCCAUACGAGUUCCGGCAAUCAUAUGGAGUCCAUUACUUCGCAAAAGUGGUUACAUUUACGACAAUCUCAUCGAUGUGUCCGACAUAUUGCCUACAGUUCUGGAGGCCAUAGGCGAUAGUAACGGACUUAAUGGUCAAUCAAAUAUAUAUGGUGUGUCCCACUGGCACUCGUUGUCGACUGGUGAGGGUCAGGUGCGCCGACAGAUUACCCAUAACAUCGAUCCUGUAUGGAAUAUGUCGGCCAUUAGAUGGCACGACUGGAAACUGGUUAGGAGUGCCAAAUGGGUGGGCGAUAACUACGACAGCGAUCUUAAUUAUGAUCGCCAAACACAACCUAUAAACGUAUUCUAA